CCAGCCCAUUGCCGUCUGAUUUUUCUGAAAACACAUCUUCUCAGUUCACCCCACCAAAUACCUGAUUAGCCUUUUCUUUUCGUUUUCCCCCUUCCUCUCUUCGACUGCAGCGUAGGAGAAGAAAGAGAGAGAGAGAGGUGGUCUUCUCCGAUUUGGGACGCCAAAUAUGUCUCCCCCUUCCGUCUGAUCUCCAUCUCAAUUCCCUCCCAAAACCACCGAUCGGACGGCCGGCGAUGGAGGGCAGCAUCAUGGACUCGCUGGGCGUGGAGAUCAUCGGCGUGAUGUCCCCCGUCUCCAUCUGCAUGCUCCUCGUUGUCUUCAUCGUCUCCUUCCUCUCUCCCCCGCCAUCUGCCUCCGUUCCACCGCCCGUCACCGCCGCCACCCUCGUCUACCUCGAGUCCCCCUCCGACUCCCCCGGCCAGAAGCUCGAGGGCGCCCUCCUCAACGCCGCCGUCUUCGUCGCCCUCGUCGCUGCCGUCACCUUCCUCCUCGUCGUCCUCUACUACUACAACUUCACCGGCUUCCUCAAGAACUACAUGCGCUUCUCCGCCUUCUUCGUCCUCGCCUCCAUGGGCGGCCCUAUCCUCCUCUCCCUCCUCCGCCGCUUCGCCCUCCCUCUCGACGCCCCCACCUGCCUCCUCCUCCUCUUCAACCUCGCCGCCGUCGGCGUCCUCUCCGUCUUCUCCCCCGCCGUCCCCAUCCUCCUCCGCCAGGCCUACACCGUCUCCCUCGGCGUCAUCGUCGCCGCCUGGCUCACCAAGCUCCCCGAGUGGACCACCUGGUCCCUCCUCAUCGCUCUCGCCCUCUACGACGCCGUCGCCGUUCUCUCCCCUCGCGGCCCCCUCCGCAUCCUCGUCGACCUUGCCUCCUCCCGCGACGACGACCUCCCCGCCCUCGUUUACGAGGCCCGCCCUGCCGUCGCCCCCUCCUCCUCCUCCUCCUCUCACCCUGCCGCCGCCACCGCCGCCGCUGCCUCCUUCGGCUCUGUGGAGCUCCAGCCCGUCGAUCCCCCUCCUGCAGAUCACCGCCCGGUUCUCAGCGCCCGGGAGUCCAAUUCAGAUCAUGCCGUCAUUGAAAUUGAGAAUCUUGAUGAGGAGAGGUCCCCUUUGGUGCCAUCCACCGGAUCAUCUACAGGUGGCGAUGAGCCGCAGCAGCGGCCGGCGAGUGCUGCCAGGACUGGGAGGAGGACUCGUUCUUCUUCCCCUUCAUCUCCGUCUUCUUCUUCCUCGGGUAUUGAGAUGUUUGAGACGACGCGGGGCAUCAGGCUCGGCCUCGGGGACUUUGUCUUCUACAGUGUUCUUGUGGGCAGGGCGGCGAUGUAUGAUCUGAUGACUGUGUAUGCUUGCUAUCUGGCGAUCAUUUCGGGGCUUGGAUGCACCCUCAUCUUGCUGUCGGUUUGCCGGCACGCUCUGCCGGCGCUGCCGAUCUCGAUCAUGCUUGGUGUGGGAUUCUAUUUCUUGACUCGGCUGCUGAUGGAGCCGUUUGUGGUCGGGUCGUCGACUAGCUUGGUGAUGUUCUGACCGACUUUCUUUUAACUGUUGUUUUUCUUCUGAUGGUAUACAAAAAGUGAAAGAUGAAUGCCAUCGUUUUGUGCAACUGAUGUUUCAUAUAAUCACAGCUUCUUCUUUUCUCAUGCUCUGUAGCUGCUAAUUUCUUUUGUGUGAUACCAUUUAUAUAUCAUAAAUGAGCUGCAUAUGUGCCAAAAUUUUCUUCA